CCCUAACUUUACUUUCCAGUUUCCCUCCCUUCCCCUGCUUGCCAUAGUUCAGGACCCUUCGCUGGGCUGCAAACUCGACCGUUGGGAUAUUCAAAUCUUGAGAGACAGAUACCUUCUUCCACCAUGCCCACCAUUAGAAACCGAGCUCAAACUCUAGAGUCCCCUGCAAACUCUAGCCACAACAUCCUCAAUGGCCAAGCCCAGACAACCGAGACCCAGAACGUCUCGCUGUACGAGCAGUCCAGAGAGGAAAGGAUCAAAGAAAAUCGUGAAAGAAUGCAGAAGCUUGGAAUUUUUGACCUCUCUCUCAAGGUCAGCUCCGUCAUCUCCACAAAGCGCACACCCAAAAACCGCAAUACCACUCCGAGGCCCUCCCCUGCGCGGUCAUCUGGACCGAUUCGCCGCUCUUCCCGGUUGCAAAAUGUGACGCCGGUCACGUAUGCUGAAAUGCGUGUGGUGAAGAAAGGUAAGUCUUUGAAAGACGAGGAUAUUGUGCUGGAAGAAGGCUCAAAGCCGGAGUUAUAUACAGAAGAGCAUGAGAAGCUGUUGGGUAACACUGAAAGGAGUUGGACACUAUUUGUGGAUGGUUGUGGGAAGGAUGGAAAGAGAAUCUAUGACCCAGUUAGUGGAAAGACUUGUCAUCAGUGCAGGCAGAAAACUCUUGGCUAUCGGACUCACUGUAGCGAUUGCAACAUGGUCCAAGGACAGUUUUGUGGAGAUUGUUUGUAUAUGAGGUAUGGAGAGCACGUACUUGAAGCUAUACAGAACCCUAGUUGGAUUUGCCCUGUCUGUCGUGGAAUCUGCAACUGCAGUUUGUGCCGGCAAGCAAAAGGAUGGCCUCCCACUGGUUCUCUUUAUAGGAAGAUAUCAAAACUCAGCUACAAAUCAGUUGCACACUAUCUCAUUCAAACUCGACGGUUGCAGACAGAUUUAGAUGAAAAUGCGGAGAUAACCAAUCAAGUGUCUGCGAAGAGGUCACUGCCAUUCUCAGAUAUCGAAGUACAGUCUGAGGGAUCUCUUGAAGUUGAUAGUAUUCCACUUGUAUCACCAAAGCCUCAAUCUGAAGACAAAACUCAGGAUGAGUUCAAGAUUGAGAAAGAGAACGAGAUGCCAAGUAGCCCAAAUCCAGGUCCUAACAAUCAAGUUUCGGCAAGGAGGUCAUUACCCUUUUUAGAUAUAGGAUCGCAGGCUGGGAAUAUGCAGUCUCUAGUGGUUGACCAUGAGGGUGAUGAAUUUGAUGAAUUAUCAAAGCCACAAUCUGGAGAAGAGAUAGAUGAUCAGUUCCAAGGUGACAAAGAGAAGGAACCAAUUCCUAUGGAUAAAGAACAUGGUAUUAGCAAUAUUGUGAUGGAAAGACACCUGAAUCUUAAGAAGCGUGCACUCCCCAUUGACCAAAGCCCAGACAGUAUUUCUGGAAGAUUGAGGCAGAGGGGUAGGAAAGGCAAUGACCACAAUGACAAUGGGUUAGGUCGGGCAAAUGAGAAGAUUUCAGAUGUCAAGGUGGCUAUUAUUUCAUCCAGAAGCCAUGCGGAGCAAGAGAAUGAAGUGCAUUCUGAAGAAAUAUACAAGAAUGGUGAUGAUAUUAUUUCACCAAAGAGAACUCCAAAACUCAAAAAGAAGCCUGCUGCUGAACCAAGCCUAGACAGUAUUGGUGGAAGAUUUGAGGUCUAGACGUAUAACAACAUGAAGAUAAGAGUUCUCCCCCUUUUGCAGGAACCUCCUCUCUAAGUUUUCUCCUCUCAUUGCUAGAGAGUACUGGAGUUUACCUAAAACUGUAAGAAACAGAAUUUUGACGUCUCAGUUCCGUUUGAGACUGAAUUCAGUCUCAAUUCUUCCUGUGGGAAAAAUUAGACCAAGUUCUGUUCUAUCAAUGAUACACCUGCUUAUUUUGUCA